AUGUCGCUGGCAUAUCCGCCGCCGCCAAUAGCCCCUUCGGCGGUCAAGAAUACCGCAUCUUUUAUACGUAUCGUCGCAUUAUCAGCCAUUGCUGGUUGCGCAAUUGCCUCGCGCCUCUUCGCUGUCAUCAACUUUGAAAGUAUCAUCCACGAAUUUGAUCCAUGGUUUAAUUAUCGUGCAACUCGUGUAUUGGCCUCCAAGGGCUUCUAUGAAUUCUGGAACUGGUUCGACCCAACGGCUUGGUAUCCGCUUGGUCGUGUCGUUGGCGGGACGAUUUACCCAGGUCUAAUGGCCACAUCUGGCGUCAUCUACAACUUUCUCCACUCUAUUCACCUCCCGGUUGACAUUCGAAAUGUCUGCGUCAUGCUGGCACCAGCGUUUAGCGGACUGACUGCCUGGUCGACCUACAUGUUCACAAAAGAGAUGAAGGACGAGUCAGCGGGUCUCCUCGCUGCCAUCCUCAUUGGCAUUGCUCCAGGAUACAUCUCUCGCUCCGUUGCUGGCUCCUACGACAACGAAGCAAUUGCCAUUUUCCUCCUCAUGUUUACGUUCUAUCUCUGGAUCAAGGCCCUCAAACACGGCUCGGCAUUCUUCGGAACGUUGGCCGCCCUCUUUUACUUUUACAUGGUUGCCGCUUGGGGUGGCUACGUAUUCAUCACCAACAUGAUCCCUCUCCAUGCAUUGGUCCUCGUUCUUAUGGGAAGAUACUCGUCAAGGCUCUACGUUGGUUACUCGUCGUGGUAUGCCAUUGGUACACUCGCCUCGAUGCAAGUUCCUUUUGUCGGCUUCCAGCCCGUGACGACGUCAGAGCACAUGGCUGCCCUGGGUGUAUUCGGCUUGCUACAACUCGUGGCCUUUACUGAGCUCGUGCGGUCGCACGUUAGCUCAAAGCAGUUCCAAACAUUGCUCAGGACAACCGUUGUCUCUGUCGGCAUUCUUGGUGUGUUUGCCAUCGUCAUCAUGACCAUGAAGGGUUGGAUCGCACCGUGGACGGGUCGUUUCUACUCACUUUGGGAUACAGGCUACGCUAAAAAACACAUCCCGAUCAUUGCGUCCGUAUCGGAGCAUCAACCAACGGCAUGGCCCUCGUUCUUUGCCGACUUGCACAUGCUCGUCUUCAUCUUCCCUGUUGGUGUACUACUCUGCUUCCAACAGCUGAGAGACGAGCAUGUCUUUGUGAUCAUCUACGCCAUCAUGGCCAGCUAUUUUGCUGGUGUCAUGGUCCGUCUCAUGCUUACGCUCACUCCUGUUGUCUGUAUUGCGGCGGCGAUUGCCAUUUCCACACUUCUCGACACAUACAUGGACCCCCACGAGCCAGAGGCCGUUGAGGCGCCAGCCGAGACAGCUGGCGCGUCGGCAUCUCAGAGUGGUUCUGGACCUACACCGAGUGCUACGAUCACAAAGAAGGCUGGAAAGCAAAGCGCAGCCAAGACGGGUCUCUUUGGCAUCGACACGCGGCUGGCUGUCGUAUUCAACACGUUCUUCCUGUUGCUUAUCUUUGUGCUUCAUUGUACAUGGACGACCUCUCACGCUUACUCGUCGCCAUCGGUCGUAUUGGCAUCCCGUACGGCAGAUGGCAGCUCAGCGGUGAUUGACGACUUCCGUGAAGCCUAUUAUUGGCUCAGACAAAAUACACCGAAAGAUGCCGUGAUCAUGAGUUGGUGGGAUUAUGGAUAUCAAAUUGCUGGCAUGGCAGACCGCCCAACUCUGGUGGACAACAACACUUGGAACAAUACACACAUCGCGACAGUUGGAAAGGCGUUUGCGACCUCGGAGGAGGUUGCCUAUCCAUUACUGAAGAGGCACGAUGUCUCAUAUGUGCUCGUCCUUUUGGGAUCGCUUAUUCAGUACUCGGGCGACGAUUUGAACAAGUUUUUGUGGAUGAUCCGCAUUGCGUCGGGGGUAUGGCCGGAUGAAGUCAAGGAGGCAGACUUUUUCAGUCCGCGAGGCGAGUUUAGAGUAGACGACGGCGCGACAAAGACGAUGAGCGAAAGUUUGAUGUACAAAAUGUCGUACUAUCGAUUCCACGAAUUGUUCCCUCAAGGUCAGGCUCAGGAUCGUGUGCGACAACAAAAAUUGCCCGCGGUUGGGCCGACAUUGGACUGCUUCGACGAGGCGUUUACAUCUGAAAACUGGAUUGUCCGCAUCUACGAGCUCAAGCCAGAUGAUGAACUCGGCCGGGAUCACAAGAGCGCUAAUGCGUUUGCGGCGGGCAAGAAGAGGAAGAAGGGAAAGAUUGCGCGACGGCGGUUUGCACUCGAGUAG